AUGUCCGGGCGCGGGAAGCAGGGCGGCAAGGCGCGCGCCAAGGCCAAGUCGCGCUCGUCGCGGGCCGGGCUGCAGUUCCCCGUGGGCCGCGUGCACCGGCUGCUGCGCAAGGGCAACUACGCGGAGCGCGUGGGCGCCGGCGCGCCGGUGUACCUGGCGGCCGUGCUGGAGUACCUGACGGCCGAGAUCCUGGAGCUGGCGGGCAACGCGGCCCGCGACAACAAGAAGACGCGCAUCAUCCCCCGCCACCUGCAGCUGGCCAUCCGCAACGACGAGGAGCUCAACAAGCUGCUGGGCAAGGUGACGAUCGCGCAGGGUGGCGUGCUGCCUAACAUCCAGGCCGUGCUGCUGCCCAAGAAGACCGACAGCCACAAGGCUAAAGCCAAGUGAGCGCCGAGAAUCACGCUGCGAAGUAUAACCAAGAGAAACCCAAAGGCUCUUUUAAGAGCCACCCACUUCCUCAUGAAAGAGCUAAAUUGCUUUUAAGCAUUUAAAAACUGACUGUAUGUAACGGUUUUUUUAGCGCCCUUUCCUUGAUCAUCAUUCCUUCUCUUGUACGCAGGUUUAAACAUGAACUCUGCUUCCACUAGACUAGGCAUUGAAAUUGCUCUCAAAAUGCCAGCAAAAUUUCAGAACUAUCACAAAGGCUUUUUCUUCAACACUAGUGUUUCGUAACGAGUUUCAGCCGUAUUUGAUUUUUAAAUUCAUGAACUUGUGUAACUCAUACAAAGGCUUUUACUCUAAAGCCACCAAGGUAAUCAACUCCACAAUUAAUAAAAAAAAUUUCUACGUGAA